AACAUCUCAUAGCGUUUCCCACAAACACCACGAAAACUUCGUGUUUUGCAUGGUAUUAAGAGUAUUAUGUUGAAACGCGCCAAUGUUACAGUAAUAUAGUGCUGGGUAUCACCGCUACUGUGGCUGCCAUGCCGCGGUUUAGACUGUUCCACUGGCGGGUAUUCGCUUUAUUUAUUAUCUACAUUAUUGCAUCGCUUUACUUAAUUAAAUCGACAACUGCACAAUUUAAUUUAUACUCGGAUCAAAAUAGAGAUCAAUUAUACAACGAUAGAUAUUCUGUAUUCAAUCAAAGAUCAAAUUCCACAAAUUGUACGCCAAAAUGUUAUGCAGAAAAGGGAAGCAGAGGACCGCCUGGUUCACCGGGAUUGCCCGGACCUCCUGGAGCAAGAGGUUACCAAGGACAAGAAGGUCUUCCCGGACCCUCGGGUGAUAAAGGAGAUAUGGGAAUUAUUGGACCUCGUGGACCUAAAGGAGAUCGAGGAAGGAUUGGUCUACCAGGUUUUCCAGGUCAAAACGGAGUUCCUGGACAACCAGGACUUCCUGGAGAUCCAGGUCAUAAUGGAAUAGAUGGAUGCAAUGGAACAGAAGGAGACACAGGUCGUGAUGGGCCACCAGGUUUACCCGGUCCACGUGGUUUUCCAGGGUUGCCUGGCGACAAAGGUCCUAAAGGAGAACCUGCUUAUACAUCCAUUAACAAUAAAGGACAAAAAGGAGAACCUGGUUUAGAUGGGCUUCAAGGUCAACCCGGUAGUCCUGGUUUUCCAGGGUUAAUUGGACCAACAGGACCUCAGGGUGAUGUUGGAUUAAAGGGUAAUAAAGGACCUCCUGGAGUAAAAGGAGAAAAGGGAAAUAUGGGAUUAGGGUACGAAGGUCAAAAAGGAGAUAAAGGGUUUAAAGGAGAACGAGGACCUCCUGGACCAGAUUUAUACUAUUCAUUACCAGGAAAUGCAUCAGUUGUUGGGCCUCAAGGAGAAAGAGGUGAACCAGGACCUAAGGGCGAUAUAGGUCCAAAAGGUCUUCAAGGAGAACCUGGACAAAUUGGUGAUCCGGGAAUUUCAGGCGAACCUGGUAUUAAAGGAGAAAAAGGUUUACAAGGACCACCCGGAAUAAGAGGUCGUGAUGGAUAUCCAGGACCACAAGGACUUGUAGGAUUAAAAGGUGAUAGAGGAAGUGAAGGCUUGCCCGGAAUUCCAGGUCGUCCAGGAUUAAAAGGGGAACCAGGCAGAGAUGGUCCAGCAGGUGCAAUGGGACUUCGAGGACCACCUGGCCCCCCAGGAGGUGGAAAUGGCAGGCCAGGGCCACCUGGUCCCCAAGGCCCUCGAGGUUAUACAGGACCUCCAGGACCUAAAGGUCUAGAUGGAGUCGAUGGUUUUCCAGGACCACCUGGACCUAUUGGUUAUCCAGGAGGACCAGGAACUCCUGGAGCAAUUGGACCCGAAGGAAUGCCUGGUGAAAAGGGAACUAAAGGCGAACCAGGUUUAACAGGUAUGCCUGGUGCAACUGGUCCAAGAGGCUAUAUUGGAAUUCAAGGACCGCCAGGGCCUCAAGGUUUUCCGGGAGAAAAAGGAGCAUCUAUAAUGGGACCUAAAGGAUUUGAUGGUAUUAAUGGUAAAGAUGGCGAUAAAGGAGCAAAAGGAGAGCGAGGUUAUCCUGGAGAACGCGGAUCACCAGGGGAUUCGCCAACAGGCAUUGUAGGACCACAAGGUGUUAUGGGACCACCGGGUGAUAAAGGAGCGGAUGGUCUUCCUGGAAUACCGGGUGUCCCAGGUCGUGAUGGACUGAAGGGAGAUAUUGGAGGACGUUGUAUUGGAUGUCGCCCAGGAGACAAAGGAUCUAAAGGAGAAGCUGGUUUAUAUGGAAAUCCUGGAUUAAUGGGCCCUCGCGGAUCUCCUGGUGAAAGAGGAUUCCCUGGUGAACCAGGAGCAGAUGGUUUAAAUGGCCCACCUGGUGAAAUUGGUGAACCGGGUAAAGAUGGAACUCCUGGUGAUCAAGGAAUACCCGGUGAAAAAGGAGAACCUGCUAUGGUGCCCUCUAACUUGGUAACUAAUAUGAAAGGAGAUACUGGUCCAAGAGGUGACCGCGGAAGUGAUGGAUUACCAGGAUUAUCCGGAUCUCGUGGUCCUGUAGGUCCACAAGGAAUAGAAGGAAAUCCAGGGUUACCUGGUGAAAAAGGAGAUAAAGGUUUCCCAGGCCACGAAGGUAUUCCAGGCCAACCUGGUAACCCAGGCGCAAAGGGUGAAAAGGGUGUUAGUAUCAAAGGUGAACAAGGAUAUUUGGGUAGACCAGGUAUAAAAGGAGAAAAAGGAGAGCCAGGAUUUUAUGGAGAAAAAGGAGAACCAGGUCGUUGUGAGGUAAUGGAUCUAAUCAAAGGAAUAAAAGGUGAACCAGGGAAUCAAGGACAAAAAGGAGAACCUGGUACACCAGGAGCUGAAGGUUUCCCUGGAGAAAAAGGAUUAAUUGGACCACCUGGACCCACCGGUACACCAGGCCCUAGAGGAAUUCCAGGUCCAGUCGGUCCUAGAGGACUUCCGGGACCUCGCGGUGAAAAAGGAAAUACAGGUUCAAUGGGUUUCCCUGGAGAACCAGGAUUUGGAGGAGAAAAGGGAUCACCAGGAAUGCCAGGAUUUAAGGGUGGCAAAGGAGAACCUGGAAUAUCAGUCAUAGGACCUAAAGGAUUAACGGGGCCUGAAGGAGAAAAGGGAGAAAAAGGUUUACAAGGACCAUAUGGAAGACCAGGGGCACCAGGAGAACCAGGUAUUCCCGGUCUAACAGGAGAAAAAGGAGAUCAAGGUGAACCCGGUCUAAAUGGGUUGAAUGGUCCAUCAGGAGCUAAAGGAGAUCCAGGUCCGAUAGGACCACCUGGGCUUCAAGGAGUUGACGGAAAACCAGGAAGUGAUGGUCAAAAAGGUGAACCUGGUAUUGUGGGUGAACCUGGUCGUCAAGGAUUACAAGGUUUUCCAGGAGCUAAAGGUGAUACCGGUUUACCAGGACAAGAAGGCCCUAAGGGAUUCCCAGGAAAUAGAGGAUAUCCUGGAACGCCUGGAAAGCCUGGUAUGGAUGGUAUACCAGGCAGCAAAGGAGACAAGGGUGAUUAUGGAUUACCAGGAAAUCCUGGAUUACCAGGAGACGAUGGUUUACCUGGUCUACUGGGAGAACGAGGUCCAAAAGGAGAUAUAGGAUUCCCAGGACCACCUGGUCCAAUGGGUUUACGUGGUUUACAAGGAUUUAAAGGAGCUCAGGGUCCUAUCGGAUACCAGGGACCUAAAGGAGAACCUGGUCCAGUAUCUGAAAAAGGACAAAAGGGAGAACCUGGUGAAUCUGGUCUUAGAGGACCUCCCGGACUUUCUGGUCGAAAUGGUAUCCCUGGUGAAAAAGGUGAUGCAGGAUACCCUGGAAUAGGAAUUCAAGGACUACCAGGACCUCAAGGAGAACCAGGUGCCCCUGGUUUUAGUGGUCUGUCGGGAAGAGAUGGAGAAAAGGGUGUACCUGGAGUUCCAGGAGUACAAGGAAUGAAGGGUGACACUGGCCCUAGAGGCCAGCCAGGAACACCAGGACCACCCGGACUUGACGGUGUUAAUGGUAUUGAGGGAAUUCAAGGUUUACAAGGAUUCCCAGGAGUUAAAGGAGAUAAAGGUGAUGUCGGUUAUCCGGGUAGACCUGGAUUUGAUGGUCUUAAAGGAGAACGAGGUUUACCAGGACUUACUGGACCAAUUGGAUUGCCCGGAGUAAUUGGAGAGAAAGGUGAUCGUGGAUUACCGGGCCCUGCUGUAGAUAUUAAAGGAGAUAAAGGCGAACCUGGUCCACCAGGUUUACCUGGAAAACCUGGUGAUAUAGGUCCUCCAGGUCUUGAAGGAUUAUCAGGUUUGUCAGGAGAGAAGGGUGAUAUGGGAUUACCAGGACCAAGAGGAUUUACUGGUGCACCAGGUCUGAGAGGAGAAAAAGGUGAUAUUGGUCAACCUGGUCUUCCUGGUCCAAUUGGAUUAACCGUAAAAGGAGAAAAGGGAUUGCCAGGCAUAUUAGGAAAACAUGGUAGAGACGGAGCACCUGGUUUACAAGGAGAAAAAGGUGACAAAGGAAUACCUGGAUUGCCAGGAUUACCAGGAGCUAUUGGACCAUCAGGCUUACCUGGCCCACAAGGAGAUAUUGGACUUAUAGGACCACCGGGAAUACCCGGAACACCAGGAACGGAUGGACUCCCAGGAGCACCAGGGUUAGAUGGACCACCAGGAUAUAAGGGCUCUAAAGGAGAACCAGGAAUGCCAGCUCCCUAUGCUGAAAAGGGCGAUAAGGGUGAACGUGGUCUUCAAGGUGAGCCUGGAUAUCCUGGCCAAAAAGGAAUAAAAGGAGACAGAGGGUUCUCAGGUAAUACUGGAUUACCAGGUAUAGAUGGCUUACAAGGAGAAAAGGGUAUUGCUGGUUUACCUGGUAGACCAGGUAUACCAGGAUUCACCGGUGCUAAAGGAGAUAAGGGUGAACCGGGAUUUAUUCCACCCCCCGGUCCCAAAGGAGAAAGAGGAUUACCCGGACCUCCAGGGUGGCCAGGAGAAAAAGGAGACCGAGGACGAGAUGGAUUAUUAGGACCUCGUGGAUUUAAGGGAGAAAAAGGUUUUCCUGGUUUGGAGGGUCCUAUUGGACCACCAGGACCAGGUGGUGAUAAAGGUGAACCGGGAUUAGAAGGAAUGCCUGGCUUACAAGGACAACCUGGAUUGCCCGGUAAAGAUGGUAUUCCUGGCAAACCCUGUGAAUUCCAACCAGAUUAUUCAACUGGAAUUCUAUUGGUGAAACACAGUCAAAGCUCAGCAAUACCAGAAUGUGAGGCAAACCAUGUAAAACUAUGGGAUGGUUUCAGUUUGUUGUACAUUGAAGGAAACGAAAAAGCACAUAAUCAAGAUUUAGGUUUUGCUGGUUCUUGCAUACGUAAAUUUUCUACAAUGCCUUUCCUAUUCUGUGAUUUCAAUAAUGUUUGCAAUUAUGCUAGUAGAAAUGACAAAUCUUAUUGGUUAAGUACCAAUGCACCAUUACCAAUGAUGCCGGUUGAAGAAGUUGAAAUUCAAAAAUAUAUUUCAAGAUGUGUUGUUUGCGAAGCACCUGCUAACGUCAUUGCGGUGCACAGUCAAGCAUUGACCGUUCCUGAUUGUCCCAAUGGUUGGGAAGGACUAUGGAUAGGAUACAGUUUUGUCAUGCAUACCGCUGCUGGUGCAGAAGGAGGAGGACAAUCUCUAGCAAGUCCAGGUUCUUGUCUAGAAGACUUUAGAGCAACACCAUUUAUUGAAUGUAAUGGAGCACGUGGUACAUGCCAUUAUUUUGCUAAUAAAUUGAGUUUUUGGUUGGCAACUAUCGAUCCAGAAGAACAAUUCACUAGUCCACAAAGACAAACUUUAAAGAAAGAUAUGACUCGUAGUCGCAUAAGUAGAUGCCAAGUUUGUAUUCGACGAACUUAAAGCUUCAAAAUGUUAAAUGUAGUCAUAUACAAUUUUUUCUAUGUAUAAAUUUUAUUUUACUUUUAUUAAUAUUAUAAUUAAUACAUUAUUCGACAUAGGUUAAAGUCGCCUGCAUUAGUUUCGUAUUAUUAACAGGCAUUUGUGUUCUUAAAUAAUAUAUAUAUAUAUAUAUAUAUAUAUAUAUAUACUAACGCGUUGACC